AUGAAAUUACAUAAUAUUGUAUUUUUAUUUAAAGUGUUAAUUGUAACAUUUCUAAAUUUUCAAAAUGUUGAUUAUAAUUUGAGUUACUUAGUUAAUUAUAUAGAAAAAAAUGAAUGUGUAGGUAGAAAAUUGCAUGAGUUUUUUCAACCUCUUUUUUUAGAUAAUGCAUUAGAUAUAGAAAAAGUGACAUUCCCAACACUACAAGAUGAAAUUGAAAAACUAGAAGAUUUAAAAUUAAAAAAUUAUGAUAAUUUUAUGAAACUUCAUAGAAACAAUGAAGAAGAAAAUGUAGAUGAGAUAGAAGGAAAUUUAGAUGGAUUAAAAAAUUAUAACGAUGAAGAAAAUAAUUAUGCAUAUGAAGAUGAUAAUAAUGAUAUAGAAUAUAGUAGAAAUAAUUUUAAAAGCAUUAAUAAUAUAACAAAAGAUAAUAUUGAUCAAAUAGAAAAUAAUGAAAAUGAAAUAGAAAACUAUGAAAAUGAAAUAGAAAACGAUGAAGAUAAAAUGGAAAAUAACGAAAAUGAAAUAGAUAACUAUGAGAAUGAAGUAGAAAAUAACGAAAAUGAAAUAGAUAACUAUGAGAAUGAAGUAGAAAAUAACGAAAAUGAAAUAGAUAACUAUGAGAAUGCAGUAGAAAAUAACGAAAAUGAAAUAGAAAACUAUGAAGAUGAAAUAGAAAAUAACAAAAAUGAAAUAGAAAAUGAUGAAGAUGAAAAAUAUAACGAUACAGAAGGAGAUACAAACAAUUCACUUUCUAAUAACGGAGAAGAAGAAAAUGAAUUGAAAAAUAAUUUAAAUGAAGUAAAUGAAUUAUAUAAUAGAAAAGAAAAAACAGAAUUAAUUAAUGAAGACGAAAAAUUAAGAGAAAAAAAAAAGGAAAUACCAGUUGUAACAUAUACAAAAAAAAACGAUAUAGAAAAAGGAGCAUUAAAUAAUAAUGGUGUAGACAUAUUAAAUUUAUUAAAAAAUAAAAUAAAAAAUGAUGAAAAAUAUAAUAAUAAUAAAUUGGUAAAUAAUAGUGAGAAACAAAAUAAUAAUAAAUUAAUAAAAGAUAGUAACAUAAAUAAAAAAAGAAAUGAAACAAAAGAAAAUACAUUUACAAAUGUGUUCAAUAAUAAAAUAAAGAAUGAUGAAUCUUAUAGUAUACAUAAAUUAGAUCCAGGUUUAAAUAAAUUAGUUUUUUCUCAUUUUAAUAAUCCUUUCUUUAGUAAUAAAGGAAAUAGUAACAAAGACACAAUAGACAACCCCUUUGUUCUAAAAAAAGUUACGUUUCAUCCUAAUUUAGAAUUAAAAACGAAAAAGAAUGCAAACGUAAGAGAAAUAUUAAAUUUAAAAGAAAAUGAAAAUAGUAAUCAUUUAGAUGGAAAUAUUGAUUUAUUUUUAGGAGAAAAAAAAAAUAAUAGACCAAAAUUAAAAAAUAAAGGUAAUACUAUAAAUCCAAUAAAACAAAUUAUCUUCGAUAAUUCAUUAAUAAAUGAAAAAAGAAAUUAUGAGGAAAAUAAAAAUCGUAAUGGACAAAUUUUCCAAAAUAAUACAAAAAAUAAAGAAGAAAAAUUAGGAAAACUGAAAUUAAUUAAUGAUCAAUAUGAAGCAAAAGAUAUUAAAAAUGCAUUUGUAUCUAACUUUUUAAAAUUCAUUAAAAAAAAACUAUUCCAUGAUAAUUUAAUAUUUAAGAAUAAAAACAAUUUCAAAAAAUUUGAUGAAAAAGAAAAUAUAUUAGAAGAUGAACCAGAUAAAUAUUACGUAUCUAUUAAGCAAGGUAAUAAUCCAAUCUUUGAUGAUUCUAAAAAAAAUAAAGAAAAUAAAUUUAUAAGAUUUUUAAGAUUUUUUCCAAACUAUUUUAAUCCUUAUUCGACAACUAAUGAAAUAAAGGUUUUUAAUAAUAAAGGAAAAAGUGAUAUAUUAAAAAAUGAUAUUUCAAGAAAUAAUAACAAAUUUAAAACUAAUAAUAUUUCAAAAAAUUCCAUAAUAAGUGAAAAACUUUUAGAAAAUUUAAAGAAAAUAUUUGUGAGUAAUGAGUUAAAUUCUCAAUUUAACGAAAAAGAUAAAAACAACAACAUUGAUAUAAAAGGACUAGAAGAAACGGAUUCUCUGAAUAAGAUUUUUAAAGGAGUUGUUAAAUUAUAUGUUGAUGUUACUAGACCUAAUAUAGAAAUGUUAUGGCAAAAUAAUUCACCUAAACAUUUGACUGGUUCUGGGUUUGUUAUUGAAGGAGGUUUAAUAUUAACAAACGCUCAUAACAUUUCUUACAGCACCAGAAUUUUAAUAAGAAAACACGGGAACCCAAAAAAAUAUGAAUCUGAAGUUAUAUAUGUAGCACAUGAGGCUGACAUAGCUAUUUUAGUUGUACAAGAUAAGCGUUUUUAUAAAGAUAUAAAACCACUUGAACUUGGUUCUCUUCCUUCUUUGAGAGAUGACGUAAUAACAGUUGGAUAUCCGUCAGGUGGAGACAAAUUGAGUAUAUCAAAAGGAAUUAUUAGUAGAUUAGAUGUACAAUAUUAUAAACAUUCAAAUUACAAGUUAUUAUUAACUCAAAUAGAUGCACCAAUGAAUCCAGGAAAUAGUGGAGGUCCAGCUUUAGUAAAAGGAAAGGUGGUUGGUAUUUGUUUUCAGUCAUACAAAAUGGGAAACAGUAUUUCUUAUAUUAUACCAACUACUAUAAUUAAACAUUUUCUUUUAGAUAUAUAUAAAACAAAUCAUUAUAACGGCUAUGCAUUUUUAGGAGUAAAAUUCGAACCAUUAGAAAACCCUCAUAUUCGUGAAACAUUAGGUUUAAAUAAUCUAGAAAAAAAAAAAGCUAUUAAGGAGAAUAUAGGAAUAUUAGUAACUGAAGUAGAUGAAAACCAAAUGAAAUAUAAAAAGUCUGAUAUUGAUUAUUGCAAUUAUAUCAAAAAAAAUGAAAAAGAUAAUAUAGAUAUAAAAAUGACUAUGAAAAAACAAAAAUUAAGUGAAAAAAUAAUAAAUUAUUCUAAUAAGGAAGAUAAAUGUUAUGGGUUAAAAAUAAAUGAUGUAAUUUUAAGUGUAGAUGGUAAAAAUAUAAAUAAUGAUGGAACUACAAAAUUAAGGAAUGAUGAAUCUGUUGGAUUUCAAUACCUUUUUAAUGAUAAAUUUAUUGAUGAUUUAUGUGUAGUAAAAGUAGUAAGAAAUAAAGAAAUAAAAAGUGUAGUUGUUAAAUUAUCAAAAAUUAAUUACUUAAUCUCUCAACAUAAUUGGGAUAUACGGAAUAAAUAUUUUAUUUAUGGUGGUUUAGUUUUCACAACAUUAUCUAAAAAUUUAUAUACAGAAAAUGAAACUGAUAAUCCUGAAAUUAAUAGAUUAAUACAGUAUAAUUUUUUUAAAAAAAAUGAAGGUGAUGAAAUAGUAAUAUUAAAGAAUAUAUUACCAUCUAAAUUAACUAUUGGAUAUUAUUAUAGUGAUUGCAUUGUUCUAAAAGUUAAAAAUAUUGAAGUAAGAAAUUUAAAACAUUUAGUUGAUAUAGUUGAAGAUAAAAAUAUAAAUAAAUUAGAAAAUAAGAAUAUCGGAGGUAGUUCUUAUGUUAAAUAUGAAAAUAUAGAACAUGUUCAACCAGAUAAAAAUUUAAUUGAUUUUUAUAUUUUAACACCUAAUGGAGAAGUUCCUCUUGUUUUAAAUAAAGAAGAUGUUAAAAAAAAUCAGAAGGAAAUUUUUACACUUUAUAAUAUUAUUAAUGAUAGAUUUUUAUAUUAG